CACCGCGGAAACGCCGCCACGACCUUUCGUGCAGUAAGCACGCUGCGAUUCCCUUUAUAAUGUGCAUUUCAAAUGAUUUAAGAGGGAAUUAAGUGCGAGUGUGACUGUGGAAGAAAGCUGAAUCGAAAUGCUUCGUUGUUCUCUGGUAAUUUGUGGCAGGGGAGCCGCUAAAAGGUUCGCCUCGUCGUUCUCUGGUGAGAGCGCUCUGCCUCCAAACCUGCUGCUGCCCGCAAACCUUGUGGAUCCUGCCAGAUUGAAGCGACCUCCUCCUCCUGCAGACUGCUCCCUGCCUGUUCUGAGGAAGUGUGAUGCUGUCAUUCCCGCCCAUCUGAGCCCCGUCCAGAUGUGGGUGGACACUCUGGAGAGGUGGGACAGCGAGCCGUUGGGUUUGGCUCAGCUCCACCCGGAUGUCUUUGCGGUGCCUCCAAGGCUCGAUAUUCUCCACGAUGUUGAAAGAUGGCAGAGAAACUUUAAAAGAAUUAGUCACGCCAGCACAAAGGUCAGGUCAGAAGUCAGAGGUGGAGGCAGGAAACCAUGGAGACAGAAAGGAAGCGGAAGAGCGCGUCAUUCAAGCAUCAGAUCACCGUUAUGGAGAGGAGGUGGGGUGUCUCAUGGACCCAGAGGGCCGACCAGUUACUACUACAUGUUACCCAUGAAAGUCCGAGUGCUGGGACUCAAAGUGGCUCUGAGCUCCAAGAUGGCUCAGGACUACCUUCACAUCGUGGACUCUCUAAACAUCCCCACACCUGACUCUCAGUACCUGCUGGACCUGAUCAAACACAGACACUGGGGAGAGUCGGUGCUGAUAGUCGAUGUAGCUGAAGAGAUUCCUGAAAACAUCCUACAGGCAACAGCAGGUUUGAAGACAGUGAAUAUCAUUCCAGCCAUUGGUCUGAACAUCCACAGCAUGCUGAAACAUGAAUCCAUCAUCCUCACGCUGGAAACCGUCAAGUUUCUGGAAGACAAGCUGCUUUGGCACGACCAGCGUUACACGCCUCUGUACCCAUUCAAACUGCCCUACUCCGAUUUCCCCUAGAAGACACAAACUGGCCUGUAAUUUAUUCACUGACUGCAGUGACACAGAUGUUUUCUUUAUGUGUUUAUUAUGUUUAACAAAAAACAGUCAUCAAUAAAUAAUUCCAAUGAUGAAAAAUAAAAAACAA